AUGAGGCUGAGGUCCGGGAUCAAGACGCUAUCGGCAGAUGGCGUAAUUCCCCAACCUGAGGUCGUGGAAACACCCCGCAAGGCCCCGACCCCAAAGGCCAACGCUUCCUCCUCGGCCAAGACAAAUGCUUCGUCGUCCAAGAGCACUGCGUCUCCCGUAAGACGUGGUCGACCACCCAAGAACCGUGAACCCUCUCCCCUCAAGCGUAAAGCGAAUUCGCCCGUGGAGGAAGCUAAGGAAGAACCUGAACAAAAAGCUGAAGAUGCGGAUUCUGACGAAGAUGGGUUCGGAGACGCCCAGCUUGAGGGUGCACUGUCCGCAGGUGAAGACGACUCAGACUCCGAGCAAUCCAGGAAUGAGGCCGGUUUCGACGGCGAGGAUGACGAUGAAGAAGGCUCCGAGGACCCAGACGAAGACGAUGCGCUUCAUAGCGACGAUAUACCCUCUGACGACGACGAUGGGUCCUCCCUGAAAGUGCCACCGUUGGAGCCCGGCCAGGAACCUGGGCUCGACCCACCCAACGCAAAUCAAGAAGAUGAUGGCCUUCGUAACUAUCGUGUCGAGACGGAUGCCAAUGGAAACGAGAAGUACGUCUACGAUGAAAUAGAUGCAGUCUACGAUUCGGACGACACCGAUGCGAACGAGCCCGUCAACACGAUUGGCAACAUUGACCUCAAAUUCUACGAUUCCUAUCCUCACAUCGGAUAUGACAUCAAUGGCAAGAAGAUCAUGCGCCCUGCCGCUGGUGAAGCUCUAGAUGCCCUCCUCGAUAGCAUUGAGGUGCCCAAGGGAUGGACUGGCCUCACAGACCCCGCCACCGGAAAGCCUUUGAACCUCAGCCGGGACGAGUUGGAGCUCAUCAAGAAGAUUCAAACUAAUGAGCUUCCGGACGGCUACAACCCAUACCCUGACACCGUCGAAUGGUUCACCAGCCACGAGGAGAUCAUGCCUCUGAGCGCCGCCCCGGAGCCAAAACGCCGAUUCCUUCCAUCCAAGAGUGAGCAGAAGAGGAUCAUGAAGUUGGUCCGUGCUAUUAGAGAGGGUAGAAUAUUGCCAUACAAGCCACCGGAGGAGCGUGAGGAAGAAGAAGAGGAGGAAGUGCACUUUGAUCUGUGGAAGGACGAACAACCUAGAGAUCCCCAUGUUAUGCACCUUCCUGCGCCGAAACUUGCGCCACCAGGUUACGAUCUCAGCUACAACCCACCGCCCGAGUACCUGCCGACUGAGGAGGAGAGGAAAGCCUGGGAGGAACAGGACCCUGAGGACCGUGAGAGAGAGUAUCUGCCCAGCAAGUACAACUCCCUACGGAAGGUUCCUGGGUACGAUAUGUUUGUCAACGAGCGCUUCGAGCGGUCUCUGGACCUUUAUCUCGCGCCUCGCGUGCGGAAGAACAAACUCAACAUCGACCCGAACUCGCUUCUUCCCAAGCUGCCAAGGCCGGAGGACUUGAAACCUUUCCCCACAGUCUGCCAAACGAUAUUUCGAGGCCAUGAGGGCCGUGUGCGUACGCUGGCUGUGGACCCCAGCGGAUGCUGGCUUGCGACUGGUGGUGACGAUGGCACAGUGAGAGUCUGGGAAAUAUUGACAGGACGACAGGUCUGGAGUGCCAGGCUCAGCAGUGACGAGCCUGUCAAUGUGGUCAAAUGGCGGCCUACGAAGGACGCCUUCGUCCUAGCUGCAGCUGCUGAAGAGGAUAUUUAUUUGAUCGUUCCUUCUGUGAUCAACCCCCAACUCGAGCAGGCAAGCCGGAACAUCGUGGAUGCCGGGUUUGGCUACGCGGCCAGCGGCAAGGCCUCCAACCCGGCGAUCGACAAGACCAAGGAGCCAGCUGCGAAAUGGGCGCGACCAGGUUCGAAGCUUGAGGACGAGGGAGUCCUUGUGAGGGUCACUGUUAGAUCAACAGUGAAAGGGAUAGACUGGCACAGACGUGGCGAUCACUUCUGCAGCGUCUCACCAACAGGCCAGAGGAGCUCUGUCGCCAUCCACACCUUGUCCAAGCACCUGACGCAGAUACCAUUCCGGAAACUCUCAGGUCUCGCACAAGCAGCACACUUCCACCCCUCGCGGCCUCUCUUCUUUGUCGCCACUCAGCGCAUGAUCCGCUGUUAUGAUCUGCAGAAGCUUGAGCUCAUCAAAACCAUACAACCCGGCGCACGGUGGAUUUCAUCUUUCGACAUUCACUCGGGCGGCGACAAUCUGAUCGUUGGCUCGUACGACCGCAGGCUACUCUGGCACGACCUGGAGCUAUCGGCGCGGCCACACAAAACCAUGCGUUUCCAUCCCAAGGCUAUCCGUGCAGUCAAGUACCACAGGGAUCUGCCGCUGUUUGCCGAUGCUUCAGACGAUGGCACACUACAGAUAUUCCACGGAAAGGUUGUCACGGAUCUGAUGGAGAAUGCGACAAUUGUGCCGCUCAAGACACUGAGCGGGCACAAGGUCGUCAGCUCGCUGGGUGUGAUGGACGUCGACUGGCACCCGAGGGAGCCUUGGCUCUUCUCGGCUGGAAGUGAUGGGACAGCAAGGCUCUGGAUGUAG